AUGUCCGAGACUACAGGACCUAAUUCAUCUGAAGGCUUGAACGCCCCUGUCUCUCUCCUCUGGUCCUACGAAUUGCAACGCCAGAAUGGAAUCCUCUCAUCCCGCCUCCUCGAUGUAAAAGAGGAGCUAGGCGCCUCUGAGAAGCUCACCGAGACACUCUCUAAGUGUCUGAACAACUUGAUCGUCAUCAUCGCAUCAGUGGCCACAGUGCUGGUGAGCCAAUCCCAUACCUCAAAGGAGCGUCUGCGCUCCCUCCAUCGCCAACUUGCAAAUGCUAUCGUCCUUUUCUACAACUGCAAACAAGAGAUGUACAUUGAUGUCGAUGCUUUGAGCCACUGCAUUGCCCAGCUGGAACUUCUGUACAACUUUCCUCCAACCAUCUUCUCUUCGGAUGAUUUCGAGGCCUUUGACUCGCUCUCACCUUAUCUCACUUCUCUCGCCAACGCACCACUUGUGGCAUCAAAUGCCAGCUCAAAUCGAGUAGCCUCAAUGCUCGAUGGGCAACUAUCACCUGCUGAAAUCACCGAAAUCACCCUGGCCAUGAAGUUAGAGGCCGUGAUGAAGCAAGAAGGCCGCCCGCUGGGCGAGUACUUCGACGCAGCCAACGAGUUCCGUCGGCACCAGCAGCGCCUGGGCCAGGGCAAUGACACCCUCUUCAUCGAGGCGUUCCUGGCCGGCUGCGAUAACCGCUUGUAUCGACGACGCCUGACUCAUGCCCUGCGCCGUGACGGCUGGUACUGGACCUGGCUCACCCACGAGGUGAUGUUCCUGAUCCUCGAGCAGGAGUACAUGGAUAAGCAGGAGUACGCCAUCGGCCAUUCGCUCGAAGAUGGCAUAUACCAGUGGCCGGACGGUACUUACGCUUACCGUUUCCUGAACCUGCCUCCCAUCACGGAGGAGGAUCUUACUGCCUCCGAGGAGGAAGCUUGA